UUUUUUACUUCGUGACAGGUACCGUUUCUGAAUAAGAGAGAGAAGAAAGUUCGCGGAACGUAUUUAUCGUAUAUUUCGGUUUCGGCGAACGUCCCGCGUUUAGAUUAAUUUUUAAUUAAUUGCGAAAUUAUGCUUGCGGACUAACAAUAGCGCGCUCUCGAUCUGCGCUUUAGUGGCAUGCGACAUCUCCUAUCGGCAUCAUAAAAUAGUAUCGAUUUUAUCGUCGUAGAGGCGAGAUGUGUACCGUUCGCGAGUGUCGGAGUAAUUUUCGUUAAUUAAUGAAAUAGAUUAAAACACGGGAAAGCGCUCUCGGCGCUGCCGGACGCGGUCACGUUAGUUGACAGCGCGAAAAGCCUCAGGUAAACAUACAGUGGUAUUUUUCCAAAGGAAGAGUUCACGAUGACUGACGGCGAAUCUGUAAGCGGACUCUUUACGAAAUCUAUUAAUAAUGAUAAUAUUUUUACGAUCGGAGUCACUGUGGAUACAGGUUUCGAGUGGGAGGCGAUUGAUGAAUGCAGGGAGAAACUGGGCAAGGAUGUUUCUGUGGUCAAGCAACGUGGAAGAAUCUAUUUUAACAUCGAUUGGGAUCAAUUUGCAAAAGUUGAACAAAUGAGAUCAAUAGAUCAUAUAUUCAUAAUAGCUGACAACGGAAGUUUAUCAUUUACUAAAGACAAAGAAUCUGACCUAUUGUCUAUACGUAACUAUAACUUAGAUAUUCUCGCCAAUUCAGAAAAUAGAUGGAAGAAGACUCUUGAUGCAUGGAAAUGUGCAACAAAUUUUAAGGGAAAGCUUUAUCCAACAAUUGAAGAAUAUACUGCAGUUAAAGAGCAACAUCUUGUAGCCAAGGCAGAAAUGUUGAAGAUACGUAACAAAGAAAAAGAAGAUAAGGAUCCUCUUGAUUGGAAUAUAUCAGAGAUGAAAGUAGAUAAAGAAAAGAAAAGAGGACAAGAUCCUUUAAAAGCCGAAGAAAGUGAUGUACUUAAAUAUAGAGUAACUUGUGAAAGGAUUGGUAAACAUGCAUUUGAGUCAAAGGAUGUUGCUAGAGUUAUAGGAGAAGUCUUACAGGACAAGUUUCACUGGCUGGUCGAUUUAUCUACGUAUCAUUUGGAAAUUGUUUGCAAAGUGAUAGAUGAUCAGCUAAUAACGCAUUUACGCGUAACACACAAAUCCAAGCAUAAUAGAAACAUCAUAAAUUUCGGACCGACUACUCUUAGAUCAACUAUAUGUUACAACUUGUUAAAAUUGGCAAAUCCUAAACCAGGAGAUAUAAUAGUAGAUCCUAUGUGUGGAGGAGGUUCCAUUCCUAUAGAGGCAACAUUAGCUUACCCACACUCAUAUGUUUUAUGCGGUGACAACGAUUCGAGAGCUAUAGAUAGAACAAAAUCGAAUAUGGACGCUUCGACAAUUGGAUGCAAAAUAAAUCUCGUACAGUGGACCGCUUCAAAAUUACCACUCAAAAAUUCUUCUGUUGAUAUUGUCGUUACUGAUAUGCCUUUCGGCAAAAGAAGUGGAAAUAAGACAUAUAAUAGCAUUUUUUACAAACAAUUUUUGCUGGAAUUUGGUCGUGUGGUAAAAUUAUACGGACGAGUAAUUCUACUUACAUAUGAUAGAUGCAACUUUAAAGAAGCCUUGGCGGCAGCUGGUGACUUAUUCUGGGUGACAAAAAUAAUAGGAGUAAACGUAGGAGGACUUCCAGCUGCAGUUUAUGUUUUGAAUCGUACACAGAUAUCUAUCGAUUCUUUUAAACCGCGUGUCACUAAGCACUAUAGUUACCCAAGAAACGAUAAAGAAUCAUCUGUUCAAUCAACUAAGAAAUCUUCAACCAAUUAAAUACUCUAUUCUUAUAAGUGUUGUGAUAUACAUUCUUAUUUUUGUACGAAGUUAAUAAAGUUUAUUUACAUAUUUGGC